CGCUGGAUAGGAGCAACCAGCAUGAAUCGCAAUCGAAACAACCAGAUACGCCAGAUAGAUCGCGGUCAGGAGGGACUGCCGCAAGUCAUCCACAUGCAGGGACUGCCACAGGUUCAGUUGGGCGGCGACCAGGGUAACCAGUUUGGCAAUGAACAAGCGCCGGGCAACCAGAAUGUCCGUCGCAAGACCACCUACACCAGAACGGAGAUGCUGUCGCGUGGCCUGCCCACCACCACUCAAAACACCAAUCGUUCGGCUCGAAACUGCACCACAGCUGUGCGGGAUUGGAGCAGUCAACUGUCGCCCAGACAUCGCUACACACAACCAUCGAAGUCCGGAAUACCGGUCUCUCCGUUGUUACCAAGCACGCAGGCCACCAAUAAGAACAUCAUCACUGCCAGCCGGCAGCGGAGCUUCCUGCCCCGAGUGGCCAAAUUGCCGAACCGAGCGGACAAGUCGCCGGGGAUGAACCAAUAUCGCGAGGCUCGGACCACUGAGGUCGCGCUGGAGCAGUCUCAGCUGCCGUUGGGCAAUCACAAGGCUACAAGGCAUUUGAUGAAUACGCCGCAUGACAGCGAGAGCAGCAUUCUGGUGGCCGGCACUGAAGAUAAGCUGAUAAGCGACAGCUUCAGCUCCAUGGAGCACGACAAGAUCAAGCUGGCCAAGGCCAUUCGCCUGCCGGAUGAUGGGAACAAGAGCUUCGUCUAUGUGUGCAAGCCGGUGAAGAAGGUCAAAGCUCUGCUGACUGCCAGAAAAUUGCGCGCUAGCUGCGAGCACUUGAAUGGCCUGAAGCAGGGCGAGUUCUGCCUGCAGGACCAGGAGACAUUCAAGCUACAGAGGACCAUUUCCGAGGAGGCUCUGUGCAGCCGAGGCGCCGGCGAGGGAUACACCCUCUCGCCGGUCGAGGGCCCGGGCCAGAGCACAUCGACCACCUCCAGCCAGUUGGACAGUCCCACAUUGGCGGCCAUGCUGCAGCGCCAGCAGCAAUUCGAUUCCAAGACGGCUUGCAGUCAGGACCGCUUGAGGAUGCAAUUGGAGGAGGUGUGCCACAGGCACAACCACCAGCGCCAGCUGGAGAAGGAUCAGUACGAGAAGGAGCAGCACCAAUUGGAAAUGGAUCAGGUUUCAAAGAAGCUGCCCGUCCUGCAGCAUGAGAUACACAUGCUGCAUCAGGUGAGCGAAAAACUGGAGGCGACACUGAGGGCCUCCAAUAUACCCAAGCCGCGAAGCACCGUAAUCAUCGCGGAUAUAAGCCGGCAAUCCUCCGGCCGUUUCUACACACCGCGCACCAGUCCCAUUCAGUUGGACGAGCUGCCCAUUAGGAAACUGGGCUGCGUACGCGUGGUACACAUACCAGCCAUUGAGAUGCGGGCACGCAUCAUGGGCAGCUUGUGCCAUUUGGGCUUGGUCCAAGAGUUCCGCAUCGAGACCAAAACGCUCAACGAGCUGAAGACGGCGGAUGAGUCGCAAUGCUUCUAUUUGCCAGCUCCCAAAGAGGAACCGCCAGUGGUCAAGCUCAACGAGGAUGAUCCGCUGCAGUGCACCAGCUUUCGCCAGUUGCGCGAGAAUCCGAAUAUGCUGCUAAAGCAACUGCGACAGGUGCCCGGCACUGGGCGAUCCUUCAAUCUGUUGGACCAGGACACCAUGUUCUUCAAUAGUCUGGCCUAUGCGGACUCAAAAGCCUUGGGUGCCAACACCGCCGAACAGCUCGAGGUGGCCACACGCGAAACGGGCGGCGGUGGAGCAACUAUGGCCCAUUAUGGCGGAGCCAUUGCCUAUUCACGCCUCUCGGUGCGUGUCAACGAAGUGGGCGCGGCGGUUGCCGCUGCACUGCAAUCAGAAGAGCAGGGCGAUCGUCUAACUGAAUGCCCUGGCCAGGUGAACAAUCACACUCAAACGGACGUGGAAUUGCCCGGGUUGGAGAAAAUGCUAGAACCGGAAUCGGAUAUCAGUUCACCGGACUUUACACCCAAUCCCAGUCCCAGGUCGAUGAAGCGAAUGAAACUGGUGGAGGCGAAAGACGAAGUGCGCGAGCAGGACGCGAUGGAACCCAAUCUCAAUCCGAGACCAAAGAAGACCAGGAAAGUAAUCCAUCGAAGAGCACCCGACCCACCCGUUCGCUGUGACUUGGAGCCCAAGGUGCGAUUGAAGGUGUUCAAAACCGUGUUGGUGGGAAUGGUCCAAAUCGCUGUUAUACUAGUUCUCAUCAUGGCCAUCGGCUCCCCGGAUAUUAUCUGCUGAGCUACACGACCACCGAAACAUUUCCAAGAUGCCGUAGAAAAAGGAGUAGGAAAUGCAGAAGUAGGAGAAUGGCGACAAAAGCAAGAAGCGGGAAAAGCACCGAUAACCGAUUCGGUGUUUGAUUUCACAUUAUUUUCGAAUUUAUUGUUUUCUUAAUGGGCCCAAGCGAAGCCAAGUCAGUUAUAAAUAAAAUUUCAUGUGUAUUGCAAAC